AUGGAUUGCCUAGUCGGAGGAGCACUUUGUCUUCCUGGGAAGAACCCCCCAUCUCCAGAUGCACCGGCCAACUUCCACUCCGGGAAGAUCACCGGACACAGACGGGCGGUCUCCCGUCGGGUCAGGAACGGCUGGAGAGAGGCCGUGGCGCGGCGACUGGGAGUUCUUUCCAGACCCUCCUGA